AUGACUUUGAUUAUAAUUAUUGUUUACGAAAAGGUAGGAGCGAGCACAGCUAUAGUCAUCGCCCUCCCUGCAGGUUCGCAGGCUGGAAAUGAUGUAUCAUUCGAGAGGCUUUUCUACCAAGGAACUAUUCAACUCAGUACCGUACAACAUGAGACGAUCAUAAUUUCAAAUUACGAUGGAGUCAAUGUGCUACCUUAUGGACAAUAUGCAAGCUUGUUCGUCGCGAGCAUUAUUGAUGGUGAAGUGAUAAUACGAGCAGCAAAUGAGAUACUUACCCUACCUGAUGAAGUCACGCGUGUGGUUUUAGAAUUGCAUGCAGGUGAUGCCAGAGCUGUUCUUCUAUUAACCGUAAUAGAAUCAGAAGUGCCUGUGCUGCCAAUAGUGACAUUCGGCUCUGAUGUCUACGUACUUAGUGUGGAAGCUAAGCAGACCGGUCUCAUAGGCAUGGUGCUGGCUACCGCUGAAAAUAAAGAAGACGUUACAUAUUCCUUGAAUAUCAACGAUGAACAUCUUCUAGCUCGUAUCUCUAUAAACCAGCAAGGUGAGCUGCAUUUGUUUGCUCCAGCCAACAGCGGGGUGUACGAAUUCCAAGUUAUUGCUACAACAGUUAGGAGCCUGGCAACUGGCACGGCUAAGGUACAUAUGACAGUUCAAGUUAUAAGUAUUGAAGAUGAUAGAAUCUACGUACCACCGCUAAUAAUAUUAAAUAGAAACGAGGAAGAGCCCCAUAAUAGCUUAGUCCCACUACCGCCAGGGGCAGAAGGUUGUCAAUUUACUCUCAACAACCGCUGGCCUCUUAAUCAAGGAUGGCUUUAUGUAGACGAGAACGGACUACAUACAACAUCAAUAGAUAGGGAACAUGAAUCUAUUGCUUUUAUGCCGCUGUCGCAAAUUCAAGUUGAACUCAUACUGACUUGCGAUAGUGACAAUGUAAGUCUUAAAAAACGAUCUAAGAGAAGUAGUUGGCUGAAGCCAUAUGACUAUAAUGCAAAUACAUGGAUCCUAACAGAAUCGAUUCCGUACAACCCAAGAAGGAGUUUAGUAAAUCUAAUAGUGGAAGAUAUUAAUGAUAACUAUCCGAUAUUUGUUGGCAAAGAGAAUGAGCCGAUUCCUGUGGGGUAUCCUGUUUAUGACCUGGAAGAAAGAAUAUUACCCCGGUCCUUGGCUGAGUUACAGGCAACAGAUGCGGAUAUUGGCGAAAAUGCAGCUCUAAUGUACUGGAGCCCGGAAGAGGCGUUGGCCGUCUCACCGACUACAGGUUUUGUACAUGUAAGAACCGGUGCACAACUGCAAAACAAUCAAAACCUUACAGUUUACGCCACUGACCGAAGGGGAAACGGACUCACAGGAAAUUUACAAAUUUUGGUAAAAUUACUAAGUGCAGAUAAUAUAGCAGUUGUCACGGUUGGAAACGCUUUUCUAGAUAAUGAAACAUCUAUUUUGACUGAACUAAGUACGGCUAUUGGUUAUGAACUGAGGGUAUUAAGGUCAGAUGUUAUUUCCGAUACCCAAAACCAAAAUAUGAUAUCCAGAAACACACUUGAAAUGAGUGCAUCAGGAGCUUCUUUGUUACUUUAUGUAUAUGGGCUAGUUGAUGGGGAACCUGUUAGUGUCAAUCGUCUCACUGAGGAUAUAAACGAAAAUGCUGCGGUCGCCAGUGUAAUAAAUAUCCUAUCGCUAGAAGACCAUCUAGUCCCUGUCGAAAUAAUUGUUCCAGAACGAGACAUUGGCUUCUUUGUAGCCACGAUAGUCCUCGGCGUUCUUCUCGUCUUAAUAAUUGCGUUAACAACAAUUCUGUUGUGUUUAAAAAGGCGAAAAACCAAGGACUACGACGAAUUCUCUGACAAAAAAAGCUUGACAUCGCGUACAGAUUCGAUAGAUCAAGUUUCAAAACCAGAAACUCCUAAAUCAAGACUAAAUAUCGAAGAAUUAAAAAAGAGUGAGCAACGACUGCAAGACAGGUUAAACACACCUAUCGAAACGGUUUCCGUUGAAACGAUAACUCCAAAAAAAGAAACAUCUAUAGAUGAUAUAGCAGACUUGCUGUCACCAGAAUCUAAUAUCCCAAUAGUAAUACAAUCAGUGGAUAAAUUAAAAGAUGCAGAGGAGACAGAUGAUGAUGAGUUUGGAGAAAAAGUCGGGGCAAGAAGAAAAUCUGUGGUGACGUUCAAUGAAAACGUUGAAAAGAUCAUCCACCUCCAGAAUGAUACCGAUAGUGUCGAUUCAACAUCGGUCGGCUAUGAAGUUUUUAAGUUAUAA